AUGACGCGAGGAGUAGCGGUGAAGUCCAGUGGAGCUGGUGCUAAGAAGAAAGGAGUAGCGUUCGUGAUUGACUGCUCUAAACCAGUUGAUGAUACGAUCAUGGAGAUCGCCACGCUUGAGAAGUUUCUUCAGGAACGUAUCAAGGUCGGAGGUAAAGCCGGUGCUCUUGGUAACUCCGUUUCCAUUAUCCGAGAAAAGGGAAAGAUCACCGUUAACGCAGAUUCCAACUUCUCUAAACGAUACUUGAAGUAUCUAACGAAGAAGUAUUUGCAAAAGUACAAUCUCCGUGAUUGGCUCCGUGUGAUUGCCUCUAACAAAGACAAAAAUGUUUAUGAGGUACGUUACUUUAGUAUUGACGACGAGCCAGCUAGUGACGAAGAGGAUUAA